AUGAAAUUGCAAAAAGUUGCUAAUUUUGCUUUGAUUGCCGGUGCAUUGGUAACUCCAACAGCUGCCAUUGAUCUUUCCGGUAAACUUCAAUUCUUAGAACAAUUAAUUGACUCUACUCUUACUUUGAAACAAGAUAUCAUUACUGGUAUUCUUGAAGACAAGUUCUGUUUCAUUAAAGGUCUUGUUACUACUUUAGAAAGUAAGAAAAAGAGAGAAGAAGAAGUUAUUGAAGAAAGAGAUUUAGGUUCAUUGGUUCCAGCUGCUGCUUUAGUUGUUUCAGAUGUUCUCAAAGUUAAAGACGAUGUUUUCAACGUUGUUCUUAAUUUUGAAGCUGAAAAAGCUGAUGCCCUUUCUAAUAUCAUUAAAGACAAGGUUCAACUUUUACAAAUUGUUAAUACCGGUAUUGAUGACGGUAUUAUCACUAUUAUUGAUAAAAUCAACUCCACUAUUGUUGAUAAUCCUUUUAGCUGGGCUGCCUCAAUUUUGGUUAAACCAAGUAAGAAACAAGGUAAAUGUUGUUUACCAGAUCUUUUAGGUAUUAAAAUCGAAUUAAUUAAAGAUAUUAAAGAUGAUCUUCUUAAUACUAUCUUGAGUGUUCUUGAAAGUACCAUUGAAUAUAAGCUUCAAACUGUUGAAAAUAUCUUGAAUGCUUUCGACCCAACCCAAGCUAUCAGUGACUUUACCAAGAGAGAUGCUGUCUUCAAUAAUGCUCCUUCUAAUGUUGUUAAGGUUAAAAGAUUCCAAGAAAUCCUUGAUAUCUUCAACUUCUUGACUUCUAUUGCUACUAAAGACUUGAACUUAGCUAACUACUGUUGGGAUUGUGACUGUGGUCAAUCUUCCUCUUCCUCUGUUGCUUCUUCAACUACCGUCUCUUCUUCUUCUACUCCAUCUUCUGUCUCAGUUUCUACUACCGUAUCUAGUACCGCUAGCUCAAGCUCUACUCCAGGUUCCGGUUCAAGCUCUACUCCAUCUUCUGUUUCUUCUACCGUUUCUAGCACUGUCAGCUCCAGCUCUACUCCAGGUUCCGGUUCAAGCUCCAGUUCUACUCCAGGUUCCGGUUCAAGCUCCAGUUCUACUCCAGGUUCCGGUUCAAGCUCGAGUUCUACUCCAGGUUCUGGUUCAAGCUCCAGCUCUACUCCAGGUUCUGGUUCAAGCUCCAGCUCUACUCCAGGUUCUGGUUCAAGCUCCAGCUCUACUCCAGGUUCCGGUUCAAGCUCCAGCUCUACUCCAGGUUCCGGUUCAAGCUCCAGCUCUACUCCAGAAUCUGAAGCUCCAACCACUGUUGCUGGUGAAUCAACCACCGCUCCAGAAUCUGAAGCUCCAACCUCUGCUCCAGCAUCAGAAGCCCCAACCACUGUUGCUGGUGAAUCAUCCACCGCUCCAUCUGUUGCCCCAGUAUCCUCUACUGCUCCAACCUCUUCUGCUGCUCCAUCUGUCGCUCCAGUUGAAAAUGCAGCCAAUUUAGCUACUUACUCAUUUGGUGCUGCUUUAGCCGGUAUGUUCUUGAUGAUGGUUUAAAUUUUUGAAUGAAUUCUUUUUUUUAUUUUUAAGCUUGAUGUUUGAAAAUUUUUUUUGAAUUUCACUUUUUGGAUUUGUCUUUUUAAUAUUCUUUUCAUACUUUAGUAGUUGUCUACUAUUAUUCUGUAAUUUAAUUUUUUACUUUCUGGAUUUUACAUUCAAAUUUCGUUUAUAAUUUUUAUAUUCGUUUUUAUUUCACUCAUGAGUGAUUUUUAAUAUAUAC